GGGCAAUUGCAACUCAGAGUUGAUACAAAUUCCUGCUUAAAAAGACUCGGGCAAAAGGUUCAGUCCGAUCAUGAUGGGGUACGGGCAUCUUCUUUUCAACAGCAGCUGGGUCGUAAAAGUCAAUUGUGGUACAUAUACCAUUCUUUUGGUUUCAUUUGGGCUGUUUAUAAGCGUCACUAAUGGGGGGGGGGGGCUAACAAGCCAAAUAAGUCUAAUGGCAAAUGGGCCGCCCACACACGGACCGCAUGGGAUGUUUCGUGAACCGCACCCCACUCCUCCUGAAGGGAACCCCUUAAGGACACGUGAUCCACAGUGACCUUUAUUGCUCUCCUUUUUAUUAUGAUUACAUUUUAACCUUUUUUCUCUCUUCUUUUUUUUUUUGUUGAAAUGUCUGGUACUUUUUAUUGUCACGAUUGCGAAGAAAGAAGAGGAGUUGUUCUGACACCCAUGGCAGCAUGUUCGGUGUGUGGGUGUAAUUACAUUGAAGAGAUACCUACAGUGAUAGAAGAUAAUGCAAUGGACGGAGGAGAUUUCAAUAGAGAACUAGAUUUUUUUUUUAUACAUGAAGGAGAAGAUGAUGACGACGAUGAUGACGAAGAAAUGCUGGAGGAACGAUGUUUAUAUGAACAAUUAUCAUCCAUUUACAAUCAUCCCAUGGCCAGAAAUAUCACAAGUUCAACAAGGAUGAUGGGACAAACAGCUAGUCUAAACGAAUUUAUUGUGGAAUCCAUGAUGGCUGAAGAGACCGAAGAAGAAGAGGAAGUGGUGGAUGAUAUCGUCGCUUAUAAUAUCUUGUUUGAACAGCGAGAAAAUAAUAAUAACGAAACAACCACCAGCAUAUUCCAACUACCCUUUGCACGAAUAGGUCGUUUACUAGACACAAUGUACAGCAAUCGGUCCGACGAGGAAUCAGAAGAAGGCGAUGGCUUGGACAAUUACCACCAACGAAGCUUUCUGGAUAAUCUUGCAGAUAUUUUAUCCGAUUAUACUCAAGAUAUCGAAACAACCACCACGCCCUCUAUUCAGCACAUCCUGGCCAAUUUGAAUAAAAACGUCUUGAUAUCAACAGAUCCCGAUGUCGAUGAAGAAUGUAUUAUUUGUCAAGAUACGUUUGGUACAACCUUGGAGAUUUUUGAUUUACCCUGCCAUCAUAAAUUUCAUGGAGCUUGCAUCAGUCGCUGGUUAAAUAUCAAGACUUCCUGUCCAGUAUGUCGACAGCCUGCUUAUGGACAAGAUGAAGAAGAUGAUGAAGAAGAAGAAGAGGAGGAUAUAACAUCAUCAUCUAGACUACCCCAUCAUUUAUUAGUCCCCUUAGAAGAUAUUAUUGAUCGAGCACAAGCAGUGGACUCCGAUACGUGGAUUUCUGCUAUAGCGCCACCCUACCAAGAGUGGAGAUCGACAGCCCGCGUAGAGGAAACUAAUAACACCAGGGAAAGGAUAUCCUCAUCAGCUUUACCCACACGUCCAUUCGUGUCAUCCUAUGAAGAAUGGGCAUCAAUGGAAGAAGUUGAUUAAGUAAAAUAAAAAUAAACAUAAUUGCGGCAUAAACAAAAAAAAAAAAAAAAAAAGGGUGAGAAAGCAUGUGCGUUCAAAAGUAUCAUGUGACCACUUUUAAGGGAAUAGGCAAAUGGCAUGCGAGCAUUUGAUCGAUUCAUACAUUGUGAUUCAACUUGUACCGUUUGCCAAUCAUUUUAUGAAUCAUCUCGUUUUCUUACAAAGCUCGUGAUAAAUAUCAUCGCGUAAUCUAUUAGAUCAGUUGCAUAUAAAAAGGUGGGAUGCUUUUGUUCUACCUUUUCUUUUCAUUAUCUUAUUAUUA